GUGGCAGGUCGAUCCCAGCCCCAGUUGGAGAGCCUGCUUCCUGCUUCAGUACCUGUGUCAGGCAGAUGCCGUGUCACCUGCGCGACACAGGGACCUUUUUACUGGCAUGACAGCAGGUUCCUCCUGCUAGACAUUAAGCUGUUCUUUAAGGCUUCUUUAAGGAACAUUACACAGAAGAGAGAACUCCUUGUCCAAAACAGCAAUGAGGAACUACAAAUCUCCCUUGUCAUUUAUCAUCGGUGUAUGCAUUGGAUUCCACUUCUUUCAUAAUAAUGUGUACCAGCUGAUAAGAUCGCCCUCUUCCAACCCACGCUUCGACUGGCGAGCAUACAAACCUGUUGUGCAGGUUAAUCACACAGGCGGGCAGCAGAAGGCCCCGGACCCUGCCCAGCCCCGGAUCCUCUGCUGGAUCAUGACGGGGCCCAAGUACCUGGAGGGACGCACCCGCCACGUGCGCGACACCUGGGCCAGGCACUGCGACACGGCGCUGUUCAUGAGCUCCGAGGAGACGGACUUCCCCACGGUGGGCCUUAAUGUCAGCGAGGGCCGGGACCAGCUCUACUGGAAGACCAUCAGAGCCUUCCAGUACGUCCACCGGCACCACCUGGACAGCGCCGACUGGUUCCUCAAGGCCGACGACGACACCUUCGUGGUGGUGGAGAACCUGCGGCGCCUGCUGUCCCGGCAGGACACGGAGCAGCCGCUGUACCUCGGCCGCCGCUUCCACCCCUUCGUGAAGCAGGGCUACAUGAGCGGCGGCGCGGGCUACGUGCUGAGCCGCGAGGCGCUGCGGCGCUACGUGGCGGCCUUCCAGAGCGGCCUGUGCACGCACAACAGUGACAUCGAGGACAUGGCCCUGGGCAUGUGCAUGGAGAAGGUCCAGGUGCGACCGGUGGACACCAGGGACAGACUCGGGAGGCACACCUUUCAUCACAUGACCCCUGAGGUGCUGGUGCCCCGGGUGGGACGCUUUAAGUCCAGGCCCUGGUAUCUCCUCUAUGAGCACUACAGGGUGGUAGAGGGCCCGGGUUGCUGCUCAGAUUUCGCGGUCACAUUUCACUACGUGGAUAGUGUUCACAUGCACACGCUGCAGUAUUUAACCUACCACCUCCGGGCCUACGGCUACAAGCACCGGUACCAGCCGGACCCACCGGAGGACGGGGCCGGGGCCCCUGGGCAGAGCAGCGGGGGCCAUCCACCCCACCACAGGAACACCACCUGAGUAGAAGGCUGUGUGGGUAUGGGUGUGUGUGUAUGGGUUGUUAGCAGUGCGUGUGUGGCUGUGUGUGUGUGUGUGUGUGUGUGUUUUGUAAGCAGUGUGUGUGUGGGUGGCUGUGUGUGUCCGGUGUGUGUGUGUGUGUGUGUGUGUGUGUGCGUGUGUGUGUGUGUGUGUGUGUGUGUGUGUGUGUGUGUGUGUGUGUGUGUGUGUGUGUGUGUGUGUGUGUGUGUGUGUGUGUGUGUGUGUGGCGGGGGGUUGGCUGUGUGUGUGUCUGUGUUUGUGGCUGUGUCUGUUAGUGUGUGUGUUUGGCUGUUUGUGUGGAUGGGUGGGUGUUGGAUUUGUGUGCGCAAGAGCAGUCUUUCAUUUUAAGUUGUAUUUACAUUUUUAUGUAAUCACAAUGUGUCAACAUUUUUAAUACCAUAAAAUAUUUACAUUGCUAAGAUACAUUUAUCUAUCUAUGUAUAUAUACUUUUAACUGUUAUUAGGAAAGGUUAUUGAAAAAUAUAUUUUUCAUUGAUCAUGAUUCACAUGGUUGUUGAGAUACAUUUAUUUGGUAUAUACACUGACUUUACAAAACCUAUGGAUUUGACGAUGUUAGAUAAUUAAGAACAUUUUCAGAUAAGCACCAAAGAUUGUCCUUAACAUAUUCAUGAAAACAGUUAAGGUUAUUCACAGUAUUAUUAAAGUGUCCUAAAUGAACCCACUGAAAAUACAUGAAUGAAUGAACAAAUUAGUAAAAAAAAAACGUAAGAAGAAAGUGACAAGAAGUAAAUUAUUCUAAACGAAUAAUGAGUCUAUCACUCAAGGCGCGGUGUUCUGUUUUUGCUCCACAAUGUCCGUCAAUGGAGCGGGAUGAUGUUCAAGCGCUCUGAGGUCCUGAUCUCAUGAGGUCCAACA